CCGCCGCCUUGCUGCCGCUCCCGCCGCCGCCGUCGCCCUGGGGCCGGGCGGGCGACCGGGAAAUCGCGGCGCUUGGAUGCCUGGAGCCCGCGGCAGAGACCCAGCCCCGAGCCCGCCAUGGGCUGCUGCGGGAGCGCCGCCUCGCAGAGCUCCAAGCGAGAGUGGAAGCCUCUGGAGGAUCGCAGCUGCACAGAUAUUCCAUGGCUGCUGCUGUUCAUUCUCUUUUGCAUUGGCAUGGGUCUUAUUUGUGGCUUUUCAAUAGCUACUGGAGCAGCUGCAAGAUUGGUUUCAGGAUAUGACAGUUACGGAAAUAUCUGUGGACAGAAGAAUGUAAAAGUAGAGGGAAUAGACAACAGUGGCUUAGACCUUUCAGAAAAGAAGUAUGUGUUCUUUUUGGAGCCGUGCAAUGUAGAUCUGGUACACCGGAAGAUCAAGUCCAUGGCCCUCUGUGUGUCAACAUGCCCACAGAAUGAGUUGAAAACUCUGGCCGAUGUUCAGAAAUUUGCAGAUACUAAUGGGUCUUCUUUAUGUAGUUAUGAACUAAAGCCAUCUGAAUACACUACAGAUCCAAGGGCUGAUAAGCUUUGCCCCAAGCUCCCAGUUCCAGAGAGUGCACCUAUUCCAUUCUUCCAUCGCUGUGCUCCUGUGAACAUUUCCUGCUAUGCCAAGUUUGCAGAGGCCCUGAUCACCUUUGUCAGUGACAGUAGUGUCUUGCACAGGCUGAUUAGUGGAGUAAUGACCUGCAGAGAGAUUAUAUUGGGACUUUGCUUGUUAUCACUAGUGCUUUCCAUGAUUAUGAUGGUGAUAAUCAGAUAUAUUUCAAGAGUACUUGUUUGGAUCUUAACAAUUCUUGUUGUUCUGGGAUCACUUGGUGGCACAGGAGUUUUGUGGUGGCUGUAUGCUAAACAGCGGAAGUCUCCCACUGACACUCUUACUGUUGAUCAGCUUCAAAUAGCCAAAGACAAUCGUCAGGCCCUCCUGAUCUAUGCCAUUGCAGCUACAGUCUUCACAGUUAUCCUUCUGUUGAUAAUGUUAGUUAUGCGCAAACGAGUAGCUCUCACCAUUGCCUUGUUCCACGUGGCUGGCAAGGUCUUCAUUCACCUGCCACUGCUCGUCUUCCAGCCAUUUUGGACUUUUUUUGCCCUCAUAAUCUUCUGGAUAUAUUGGAUUGCAGUCCUACUCUUCCUAGGUACCACAGGUAGCCCAUUCCAAAAUGAGCAGGGCUUUGUAGAGUUCCAAGUUGCAGGCCCUCUGAGGUAUAUGUGGUGGUAUCACGUUGUGGGGUUAGUUUGGAUCAGUGAAUUUAUCCUUGCCUGUCAACAGAUGACUGUAGCAGGAGCUGUUGUGACAUAUUAUUUUACAAGAGAAAAAAGGAACCUACCAUUCACACCUAUUCUGGCAUCUGUCAAUCGCUUGAUCUGUUACCACCUAGGAACUGUGGCUAAAGGGUCUUUCAUUAUUACCUUAGUGAAGAUUCCACGGAUGAUACUCAUGUAUAUUCAUACCCAAGUCAAAGGAAAAGAAAAUGCCUGCGCUCGAUGUAUACUGAAAGCCUGCAUUUGCUGCCUUUGGUGUCUAGAAAAGUGCCUGACUUUCUUAAAUCAGAAUGCAUAUACAGCCACAGCUAUCAACAGCACCAACUUCUGCACCUCAGCAAAGGACGCCUUUGUGAUACUAGUGGAGAACGCUUUGCGUGUGGCUGCCAUAAACACAGUGGGUGACUUCAUGCUCUUUCUAGGAAAGGUCCUAAUAGUGUGCAGCACAGGCUUGGCAGGGAUCAUGCUGCUGAACUACCAGCGGGACUACACCGUGUGGGUGCUGCCGCUCAUCAUUGUCUGCCUGUUUGCGUUCUUGGUUGCCCACUGCUUCCUGUCUAUUUACGAAAUGGUGGUGGACGUCCUCUUCUUAUGUUUUGCCAUUGACACCAAGUAUAAUGAUGGCAGCCCUGGGAAGGAGUUCUACAUGGAUAAAGUUCUUAUGGAAUUUGUGGAAAACAGCAGAAAAGCAAUGAAAGAAGCUGGCAGGGGAGGAGGACCUGAAGGCAGGGAGCUCAAACCAAUGGCCUCUGGAGCAAGUUCAUCUUGAAGCUAGUCAGCCAUUAUGAAAACCAUUGACAUUCCAAAACAAUAUUUAUCUUAUCUAUCUAUCUCUCUAUAUAUAUCUAUAUAUAUUAUUUAAAAAGCAGCCAAAAUCAGAGAAAAGGAACAGGGAUUUAAUACUUUUUUAAUGAUUAUUUUUGUGAAACAUGUACUCUUUUCAUACGGGUGGCUUUUACAAGCAACUUUUAUCAUUGUUCCAUUUAAAAAUCUAAUCAUUGUGGUUCGUGGCAAUGUUAUGAUUGUAAUCCGAUUGAGAUAUUUCAUAAUUUGGAGGAGGAUUCCAUAAAACUUAAAAAGAAUCAUGCAAGAUUGCAGAUUUGGAAUAGCAUAUGUAGGUCAAGUAAUUUCCCCUCAUGGUUAUUUUUUAAUGAGCAUAAGUCUUUAAAACUCAAUGGAUAAUGACUGUUCUGGGGGGACAAAUCCUUCUUAAAUUUUCUUCUUUAGAAUUGGAAUGAAUAAUACAUUAAUCAUGUUGGAUUUUGCUUGCUCUUUUGCAAUGGGAUGCUAAUAGGAUCCAAUAAGUUCAACAUACCCAGUUUUCUCUCAUUAACACAUUAGACAAUUUAUAUCUAACACAUUGAAAAAAACCUAACCAACUCCUCAGGUAUUUAGAUAUUGAGACAGCCCCUGAAUCUGUGAAGGACAAACUAAAGGCAUAUGAGGAAGGAUGAGUUUUAUAUGCAACUUUUGUCCUGUGUUACUUUAUUUCCCCCCUUAAGUUUAAUAUUGUCCUUUGCACAUUGUUGUUCCUUUGAACUACGCAAAUUCUUUAACUAAGCAGUUGAAUAAUAGGCUUCUGAAGCUCAGCCUUAGAUAUGCUCCAUCAUCCAUGACUACAUGGAAAGGUCCUGGGAGUAAAGAGAGAAACUGUACAACCAUACAAAACAAAUUAAGUACUGUAAGUCAUUUGUGUUUUUCUUUACUGUUGACACCAUUUCUUCAUUAUAUGUUUUGUAAUUAGUCGUAUACAGUGGGAAAGGGCAGAUAACCAUCUUUUUGAAAUGUCACUGCCUUAGUAUCUAACGCAGUUCUUGGGGUAGCCUCUGUGCAGUCAUGCUAAUGGUAUCUGAGAGCCAAAUGAAUACUUUAGAAACUUCCAGAAAGCAACAUGUGUGUCCUUUCCUACCUUCCCACAUUUCUGGUUGAAACUACAUAAAGAGACGAGUAGCCUUUCUUAAUUCUUAUAGCAGCAAAAUUGAUAUUGCAGUGGCACAGCCUGUGUGCUAAAAUGUGCCAGAUGCCUGUAAGUAGGAAGAUGGAGACAUGUGAAAGAUGUAGAAGGGAGUUGAUGAUGUCUUUUUCUCCCCUGUUUCCCUUUGCUGAAACUGCAUGACCCCGGCAAUUUUUCUCCUAAUCUUGGGCCUCAACAGGAGAAAAGGGCUGGGAGCAUAGGUGGGGAAAGGGUUCAGUGCCCUCUACUGCCCAUCCAUGUUGCACUUUAAAUCCCUCCCCUUUAUAGGAAUUUGGCACAACCCCAUUUUAAUGCACCAGCCUGCUGCUCUUGUGUCUAGUUUACCCCAUAGUUUAGCAAAAGCCUAUGGAAGACUCCCUUGAAUCUCUUCAUUCAAACAGUUGAGGACCUUCAGGAUGUAGUCAUAUUAAGUGAAGGUUUUGGAAAGCAUAAGAUAAGCCGUGCUGAAUCAGACCAAUGAAUCUAUCUAAGAUCUCGUUCACACAGUGGCCAGCCAGUUGCCGGUGGGAAGCCCACAAGUAGGACGUGAGUCGCAUCCUCCCACUUGGGUUUCCCCCGCAAGUGGUAUACAGAGGUAUACUGCCUCCAAUAGUGGAGGUAAUAUAUAGUCAUCAAGACCUUGUAGCCAUUGAUAAACCUAUCCUCCAUGAAUUUGUCUAAUCCUCUUUUAAAGCCAUCCAGUUUGCUGGCCAUCACUACAUCUUGUGCUGGCAAAUUCCAUCAUUUAUGUGCUAUAUGAAGAAGUGUGUUUGCUUCACACUGGCACACAUGUGAAUGCAUUCAGUGUUUCAUAAGAGACUUCAACAAUUGAUCUAUAAUGGAUAUCUUCAUUUGUAUGACAUGUGUGGAUUGAUUUUGAAAGAUUUCCAUGAGUGGAUGAUCUUUGUGUUAGAGAGAUCUUAUACCCUAAUUUCCUCAUGAGACCUCCUCCUUUUGAGCUCUGGGAUAAUGGAAUCAGGCAGGGCUGUCUUUAUCUGCAACCUUUCAAUUUCAGGGUGCAAUACAUUUUGUACUCCUGAUUUGCUUUCAGGGUUUGAUCCGGUACGUCUUAUUCAUUACAAGGUCAGAUAUUCCACAUCAGCUCACUAAGUAUUUGGGAUGCUUUGUGAGAUAGUCCUUCAUGUAAAGCAUUCUGUUAUAUGCCCAAGUCCCAGUUAACAGUGCAGGGUGAAUUGAAAAUACUGGCUGCUUCCUUUACAUGGCUUCCAUAACCGGCAGAUGACUUAAUAAGACAGUUCUUGGAAUAUGCCACUUUAAAUUGCACAUGUAUGUGGAGUGGAGAGGUGGAGUUGUAUGUCUGAAUACUUACUGCAAUGCCCACCAAAAGUCACUGCAUAGAGAAAGCUAGCAUUUCAGGUAGAAGGUUGGGCUAGAAACCUUCUCCUGAACAUCUAGUUUUCUAUGUGCUGAAUAUUCUUUUUAUGUGGAAGCAUUAAACCAUGCUAUGCCUACCUUGCAGUAUGAAGUGGCAUGGUUCAGGAACAAUUUUAGCUGUCUCAUCUGCUGUUUGUGUAGAUAGAUCAGUGUGGCAGAAACAUGACUGAUAUACAUUGCUUUCCAUAAGUUCCCAAAGUUUGACAGGGCUCAAUCCCCAUUAAUAUGAAUGGUCAGAGGCCUCUUGAAGAACUCCAUUUAUCCAGUAACAAGAACUUGUCCAUAUUUUGUGUGUUAAAUUCCGUUCUUCAUUCCUGAAACUUAUUACACAAUGAAUGCUAAUAUUCCAUUGUUUGGCUUAUUGUAAUGGUAAACGCUUACAGUGUAAUUGCAGAGAAUAAUUUCAUGAUCUGUUUAUGCUAUAUAUUCCUUUUUGUUACAAUUUUUUUAAAAGAACUAUUUUUGUUAAUGUAAAGUUAAAUAUUUCAGAGCAGAAUUUUUAAACUUUAUUGCACUAAAUGCAAACGUGGAGAGAGAGAGAGAGAGAGAAGUAAUGCCUCAAUGGUUGGAUCACUCCUUAAGAGAAUCUUUUUGAAAAAGAAAGCUAUUGUUCUAGAUAAGCUUAGCUAAAUGGUUGCAGGAAUGGGUGUAGAAACACCCAGUAGAGUUGAAUGGCCACCAAUGUUUUAUUAAAUGGCUGCUUUGAUUCUGUGCUUCCUUUCAAAGGAUCAGAAAGCUUUUAAAAUGGCUGCUGAAGGAACCAUAGCAUUCUGUAAUUAAUUGGUGGUCUUUGCUGUGUAACUCAAUGCUUCAGUUUCAUUUUUAUAAAUCAUCUGACAUCGUAAUCUUUUCAGACGAAUUGCAAUAAAAUUCAGGACAAUUAAAAAAGGAGAAGAAUCCUUUAUCAGUCACAGAAACCAAUAAUGGAAGUACAUUUUAAGACUAGCAAACUAGAUUAGCCUCUGUUCCUGCUAACAUGUUGACCCAACCUGCUUAACUUUACUAACAUGAAUAAUGCCAUGAAAAUUCAGUAGGUCUGUUGAGAUGAAUCCAGGCUUGAAUGCGUGUGUGUUAGCAGGAACCAAGGCAUUAGUCUAGGCUUAAACUAGAGCACUGCUUUGAGUCUCUUUUAAUGUAUAUAUUACAUAUUACUGUAAGGAUAUUUAGGAGGAGAGUUAAGAGGAGCCUUAAUUUGUGGGAGGAAGUGCCAUGGCUCUGUCAUGGCACUGGACUUCGGACAUUGUUUGCUUAAGUCACGGGGGUUUGACAACAACAAUGAAAGAAACCUGGGCUCAGCAGGUUGAAAACCACAGGAGCUGGAUUCCAAAGCGAGGGAAAUGGCGGGACACAUCAGUGAGGUUAUUUAUCUGAAAUCAUCACUCAAGAUGAGAGGCUUGGAUUUGGCUCACCUUUGACAUCAUCAAAACUCCUGCUUUGCCAGGUUCCACAGGCUUGUGUUCCGUGCUUGCUGGAAGCCCUGGGAAAAGAAAGAUGCUUUUUGGUUUGAACUUGCAACUAGAAUUGUAAUCAGAAACAAAAAUUUUGUAUUUUUGUAUACCUUGAUUGUGCAGCAUUUUUAUAUACAGGUCUUGUUUUACAAAUAAAUUUGGUUUCUUAA